AUGGCGAAGUCUCGCAAAGCCAGCAAGAGGAAAUGUGGUGGGUGCGGCCAGAAGGGCCAUGGGAGCAAUGAGUGCACCAAACACAAUAAAGCGGGCAUGGCCAUUGGGAAUGCCCGAAACCUCACGGGUAUUUACGAAUACCAUGCCCGCAUUGUGCACAAGUCGGAAAUCAUACCGAAAGGUGUAGGAACAAGUCUUGGACUUCAGGCCAAUGCGAUCAACUGCGAGAGCUGCGGUGAAGAAGAACAUUUUCGUCCUCGAUUCUCCAAAUCGUGGGAAGCUAGGAACAAUAAACCGGAUCCAACGGCCACAUAUUCGUGGUAUCCAGACAACGGGGAGAGCACCACAGGAUAUGCUCCGCGAUGGUACUCGGAGUCCGUGGAAUCCGACAACGAUCAGGAGACACCCGUCGUGCCUCUCGCUGCUAGAGCGAGAGCUGCCUGCGCCACGGAGAACUUCGCCUUGGCCGUCUCGCUUUUCGCGCAGGCUAUCGCAUCGGACCCUCAUGUCGCCUCACAUUAUACGGAGCGAGGCAUUGCCUACGCUCAAUCUAAGAAGUAUGCAUGCGCUAUCGGGGACUUCCAGACUGCGUCGUCGAAGGCAGACUACAUACCAUCCCCCUUGAUAUCCUUUUGGACAGCAAAAUGUCGCUUCUACCUGGGUUCUCAUGCGUCUGCUCUAUUCGCUGUUCGAGACGUGCUAUCCUUAGACCCCGAUUACACCGAUGCGCUUGCACUGAAGCGGCGCUUAGUGGAAUUGCAGAAGCAUAUCGAAAGCUAUCAUGCUGCUCGGAAGCGCCAACACUGGAAAUUGGCUAGGGCAGCCUAUGAGUCGUGCUUAGGCAUUUACUCCGAGGAAGAUUGUGAUUUACCUGUCGAUAUUCGAUGCUGGAAUGUCGAGUUACGCAUGGCCGAAGCCGACUGGAAAUCAGUAGUGUCUUCCGUUGAACGUCUGAUGCACAAGGAGCCCAAGUCGACCGAGGUGAUGCUCUUGCGAGCUCGAGUGCUCCUUCUCACUGCAAAGUUGACGGAUGCUCUGGCCCAAACCAUGACCGUCCUAAAGUUGGACCCGGACGACGCAAAUGCGAAGGAGAUACGAACGCGCCUCAAAGGUAUCAUUAGGUCUCAGAGCGAGGGUGGGGUCCACUUCCGCCACGGCCGCUGGAUUGAUGCCAUCCGUGAAUGGGACGAAGCAUUGCAUUUGGUCGGCGACAAGGCCGAAGAAGGGAACGGUGGGAUCAUCCGUGCGACGUUGUUGCGAGGCAAGGCUGAAGCGGAGUUGAACAUUGGGAACUACUCCGACGGCAUCAAGCAUGUUAAUAUCGCCUUAGAGCUAGAUGCGACCUACGCCGAGGCUUUGUUAACGCGUGCCCGAAUCAAUGUCUCGCUCGAGUUAUACGACGUGGCAGUGGAAGGCUUCCGAGCGGCCUUGCAGCUCGGAAAGCUCACUAUGCCCGUGUUGGUCCUGUCGAGCGUUCAAGAGGAAUUAGACGCGGCCGAACAGAAGGCCAUAAACGAACGCCGUGACAUCAACCUGGAGAUUCUUCGUGUCGAGGGCUACAGGAAGUUCUGCAACAAGAUUUACAAUGCAACCAAAUUCGCGAUGCUCAAACUGGAUGAGCAAUUCGUACCCGAGCCCACGGCGAAGCCUACCGGCAAUGAGAGCAUCGUCGAGCGUUGGAUUUUGCACAAGCUCAACGUUGCCGCUCGGGAUGUCAACCAGCAGUUGGAGCAACGUAACUUUAUGGCUGCUACAAACACUGCCUAUAACUUUUGGUUGUAUGAGCUGUGCGACGUAUAUAUUGAAGCGAUGAAGGUCAUGACUGACGAGUCUGCAUCACCGACAAUGCGUAGAUCGGCGCAACAGACACUCUACACGUCCCUGGAUCUUGGCUUACGCCUGUUGCAUCCAUUCAUGCCCUUCGUUACGGAGGAGUUGUGGCAGCGUCUGCCUCGUCGGCCGAAUGAUCCUACCCAAUCAAUCAUGUUGUCAGCAUAUCCCGUCUUCAACAGCUCAUCUGUCUUCGAGGACGCGUACAGGGAUUUCGAGCUUGUGUUCUCAGCGAUCAAGACUAGCCGUUCAUUGGCCGCAUCAUACAAUCUGCAGAGCGAUCUUCAGCUGUUCGUUCGUGUACAGUCUGAAAACGAGGUUGCGCUCUUUGAGAGCCAAGUACCAACCAUCCUGGCAUUAACGAAACACGGCAAGUCUGUGAAGAUUGUGCGGACACCGGAGGACAUACCUGCCGGGUGUGGUUCCGCCGUGCUGACGCCUACCGUCGUGUUGCAUGUCCUCGUUAGGGGUCAAGUGGAUUUGGACGCCGAGAUUGUGAAAUGUCAGAAGAAACUAGAUUUCGCACGCCUGAACCUAGAUAAGAUCCUAAAAACGGAGUCGCAGCCAGAUUAUGAGAAUGUCGUUGCGGCGAACGUCCGCCUGUUCAACGAGGAGAAGCGGAGAACACUGGAGGCUGAUAUUGCCAAUCUGGAGCUGUCAAUACAGAUGUUCGAGAAAUUGAAGUAG